GUGAUGUCCUAACCUGUUUGCUUUUCCAGAGCUGAUGUUCGCAGGGGUUUACUUAGAACCAGAACAGAAAUCAUCCCACGUCCUUAUGCAACUCCUCCAGCAGGCUCCGUCAGAUAAAUAAAGCCCUCGGCCCUCCACCGGCCUACUUUUUGGAGCAGAGCACCUGGGUUGGUUCCUGAAGCUUCCAGCCAUCCACCCAGCUGCUAGGGCCUCUCUGGAGCAGCCAUGAGGUCCCUCGCCCUGCUCCUUUGCCUCGCUCAGCUCUGGGGCUGCCGUUCUGUCCCAGUGGGGCCAACUCUGGCUUAUGACGAACCGAACUGUGACGACCCAGAAACAGAGCAAGCAGCCCUGGCGGCCGUGGACUACAUCAAUAGCCACGUGCUUCGAGGCUACAAGCACACCUUGAACCAGAUUGACAAAGUCAAAGUGUGGCUUCAGCAGCCAGUGGGACAGGUGUUUGAGCUUGAAAUAGACACGCUGGAAACCACCUGCCAUGUACUGGACCCCACCCCCCUGGCCAACUGCACCGUGAGGCAGCUGGUGGAGCAUGCUGUGGAAGGGGACUGUGAUUUCCGGCUGCUGAAACAGGAUGGCCAGUUUUCCGUGGUGUUUUCCAAGUGCGAUUCCAGUCCAGACUCAGCGGAGGACGUGCGCAAGGUGUGCCCAGACUGCCCCCUGCUGGCCCCGCUUAACGACACCAAGGUAGUGCACGCCGUGGACGUUGCGCUGACCGCCUUCAACGCUCAGAGUAAUGGCUCUUAUUUUCAGCUGGUGGAAGUCACUCGGGCUCAACUUGUGCCUCUUCCACCUUCUACGUAUGUGGAGUUUGCCGUGGCUGCCACGGACUGCGCUGCUCAAGAGGCCACCGAUCCCGCCCAGUGCAACCUGCUGGCAGAGAAGCAAUAUGGCUUCUGUAAGGCUACACUCACUGAGAAGGUUGGUGGGGAAGAUGUGGCCGUGACCUGCACCGUGUUCCAACCACAGUCUUUGCUCCCGCAGCCCCAACCAGACGGCCCCGAUGCAGUGGCCCUCGCCCCCGUGGCAGACCCAGCGGCGCCUGCGCCUUCCCCGGCUGACCUGCCGGCAGCCGCCCUGGUGGUGGGACCCAUGGUGGUGGCAGUUCCCGAGGCGCUUCUGCCAGGGCACCGCACACACUACGACCUGCGCCAUGCCUUCAUGGGGGUGGGCUCCGUGGAGUCUGCCUCAGGAGAAACAUUCCAUGUGGGGAAAGCCCCCAAGGUGGUGCAGCCUGGUAUUGUUGCUGGUCCUGGUCCAGUGGUCCGUCCUUGCCCAGGGAGAAUCAGAUACUUCAAGGUGUAGAUGUAGGUCAGAGAUAAGAAGGUUUGGCCCAGGAACGUAGAUAGCCACCAUUUCCUCCAAGUCUGGGUAUGGGAGGGGGUCUUGUUUGCUAUCAAAGCAGGUGCUAUACACGUCUAGAUUAAUAUCAAGUCUUCAAUCCCAACUCCUCUUCAUUCCUCAGGGAAUGGAAGCAGAGGGGCAAUGUUAGGUCUCAUGGAAGGUAUAAGGCUGGCAACUUGAUGGUCAUUGUUUUGAUGCUAAGUCAUCACCAUCGUGUUCUCGGCCUUCUUUGACCUCACAAAAACAACUGGAACCGGGACUUUGAGAGGUGCUCUUGCCAACCUCAUAUUUUCUUCUUAAUAAAAGCGACUAAAGGACCUUCCUUAGUAAAGAAGGUUCUAAGCUGAAAUGUGGUUAUGAUUAUGGCUCAUUCCCUCCAAGCUCACAUGUGACCUACCUUCAAAAUAACCAUAUCACAAAUGUCCCUAGGCAAAACCUAAGUGAAAAUAGAAAUAAAACGGAACAAAAAUCAGCAGUAUUACUAUACACAGGGGAAAAAAUGAGACCAGGACCUGCUCACAAGCCAUAGAAUGAGCCCAUUUCCUUAUGAGAAAAUCAUUCUUUUCAUUUCAUGAGGGUCAGAAAAUACCGUUAAAGGAGGACACAGUGCCUGAACUUUGUACAAACCAACCAUUGGUUUUCCCCAAUAUCCAGGUAAGGGGGGAUUAAAAUUGGUAAUUAACACAGGAGCCUCACUUUAAUUAUACCUCUUCAUUAUUUAUGUUUAAAAUAACUGUUGAUUAUACUGUAUACACUUCAUUUCAUAAUAGAAGAUUGGUCUUUCUAGCCAAUGCAUUUUAACACCUUAAGUUAAAGCUCUGGUUUCUAGUAUGAGUAGAGGAGGGAUGCUCGUAUAGUAUAGAAUGGUAACUAGACAAUUCCAUUGUUUUUCCUACUAGCAUUAAGUUGUUCUGAGCAAUGUAAAGGAUAGGCCCUUUCAGACAGAAUUUUAAAGAAGUGAGACUAACAACCAGUUGAGUGGGUUCACU